CAGACUGAGUUAUACCAGUUCAAGCUCGCUGUUCCACCAUCGACAUUGUGUCAAACAAGGAACCUUCUCCAUCCAGCCCUAUGCGACAACCCGCCGUGGAGAAGCCCAUGUAACUUCGAAAACCGAUCAGUCACUUACCGAUCACAUCAGUCAGACCGCAAGACGCCACAACGCAAAGCAAGUGAAGUCGGUAGCAUUUGGGUCGCAAGUCGAGCUGCUCGCGUUAUCAGUUAGCAAACUCCUGGCUCGUAUCCUGAUGGCAUCUCAUAGAGGUGGAACAUUGAAGACUGACCAUGCAGGCAGGAGCCCCAGAGAUGUCGACGGCCAAACCGGACGCGGAAAAGAGAGCAAGCGCGGUAGUUUGGGUAACAGGGCUGGGAGCACACUGAGAGGAGAAGACUGGUUGGUUGGAUAUCUCUUCGAUGUGUGGGAGCUGGGCUUUUAUCUUUCGAUCUUCUGCAUCAAACAACCCCAUCCACGUUCGGCGCUCAUGACCUUUUCCCACCAUAGGACACGCGGUGAACGCAGACCGAGGCAUGAUAUCCUUCCAUUAGGUGAGUAUCCCCAACGACACUUUCACAUGAACCUCAUACCUCGGCGUCGCAUGAUGUAUGAAGUAGGAGCAAUGAAAAUGCUGCAGGGCACGAUGCUCCGACCCUGUAUCCGCAUUGGAGCCCCGCCGUCGAUCCCCAAGAUUUGCAACCCUCCGAACCUCAUCCAGAUCCAAAAACCAAUCGAAGGGCAUAAUAAACACCGUCGCACACGGUUAUUAAUGACCACUUUCGUACUGCCCAAUGCGGGGUCGCGGAAUGCCCUGGGUGACAGGAGGAUGCCGCUAGAGCAUUGUUUGUGGGGUAGCAGGGGUGAUAAAUUGGGAAUGCGGAGAAAACGCGGUGUUGUGUCGACGUUUGGACAACCGCCGAAGAACACAUCAUCCUCUCUCUCACUGAUUUCCCUGAUUUCUUUGCAUCUUGCGUUCCGAGAGCCUCGGGGCACCCCAACGUACAUAGUUAAUACUAAUGCGAGAAUGAAGGUUUUCCUAUUACACCUCGCGCUUACCAGGAAGAGAACUAACAGAUGCGUUUACAUGCAUCUUACCUCACGUUACCUUCUUAUCCCUACUCACCACUCAGUCAAGGGAGGCGUUCUAAUCCAGCGACAUAGCUGCACUCAACAUCCAAGACCCCGACAUCUACACAUCACAUGCAAGGGAGGGUCACAUAUACUUUUCCAGCACCAAUCAGAAUUAUUACGACCUUGUUUGAGGGAAUUAUGGGGUCUGAAUUUCAGCUUUGUCGCGAAGGGAGAUAGGAGGCGUCAAUUAGGUACCCUCAGGAACUUGAGAGAGCUCCGAGGUGAAUGGUCCUCAAUCGUAGAUAUCAAUGACCAUGUCCGCCCGCGUCCCCUACAGCGACGCUAUCCGCGUCGUAACUUGCCUGGAAGCACUGCCCGCAAAGACAUCUUUGAAAACAGCGAGGAAGCCGUCGGUCGUUUCCUCAGCUCCUCAUUCAACAUCCAUGACGUCCAUCUGAACGGCGUAUUUUUAUCGUCGUCGCCAGUCUCAGAAAGCUCUUCUGCCCAGUCCGAAGAACUGCUAAUGCUGUUGUACAAUGCGCCCAUUUCCGCGACCGUCUUGCCUUUGAGGACCGUCACCAUCUCAAAGAAGACGCAAUAUCGGGAUCAGCUUUUGUACCGGACAACUUCCGGGGCGGCAUUACCGUCUUGGAUACGUCUCCGGCAUGCCGAAGUCGGCAAGGGAGAUGCAGGGUUCUUUUCAAAGACGAGUAUGUUUAGUGGCUUGAUCCGAAGAAGAGGCGUAGAGAGUAUAUCAAGCGAGCCUCUCAUAGCUGUGAAAAAGGUGGCUAAGUUGCAGUCCGCGCAGCGUUUCCAACAGGAAGUAGUACGAUUAAUACUUUUGCUCCACCUACAAUCACGGCUAGGGGAGCGUGUUUCGCGAUGUACUUGGGCCCUUGAAAUGAACUCGGGCAAUAUCCGUGCUGUGGUAAUGAUGAGAGGAGCCGGUUUAACUUACCGAUUCAAUCGUAUGCUGUUAGCGAAAGCGUUUCAAAGUCUCACUCCGCCUCGAUCACUUUGCUCCCGUCUUUCCCCCAUAAGAAACUCUCCCCUUCCCGCAACCUCUUUCUACCGUAGAAAUCCUAUCGUCUCACUCCGUGUCUUCGCGUCUGGCAUGAAAAGGCCUUUAAUACCACGACCGCUUGAAUUUACCAUAAGCUUGAGCGUACAGAUGGCGCAAGGUCUUAAAACGACCAAGCAGCUCUCCAACCCAUUUCACUAA